AUGAUAAUUUUAGGUUUGACUUUCAUUGCUGCUACACAGAGACCGGACGGUACUUGGCGAAAGCAAAGAAGAGUUAAAGAUGGAUACAUUCCACAAGAAGAAGUUCCACUGUACGAAAGUAAAGGUAAACAGUUAGCAAAAAGUAUACUGAAGUAUCCUGUCGGCUUUACAGAAGAAGAUUACAAAGAAGCUCAAGCUAGAAAAGAAAAAGAGCAAAAAAAAUCUCUUGCCAAGCAAAAUACAGUAACCACAACAAAUUCUGGCAAUAUUGUUUCGACGACUAAAAAGAAAAAAAAGAAAAAAUCACAAUCGAAUGGAAACACUUUGAAUAAGGUAAUAAUAGAAGAACCUGAGAAAGCUCAGCCAAACAAUUUGUUAACAAGUACCAGCAACUUGCCUAAAUCAGUUCAAAAAGUAUCAGAUGAAAAUGGCGGUUGGACAACUGUUACAUCAAGAUCGAAAAAUACUUCGACAAAAGUCAGUGGUAAUCAACAACAAAUCGCAUCGGCUCCGAAUAAAGUUAACAAAUCUAAAAAGAAAGAUGAAACUUGUAAGAGUGAUGGUUCUGUGGAUCCUAACAAAAGAGUUAAAAACUUGAAGAAAAGAUUAAGAGAAAUUGAUGCCAUUGAAGAGAAAAAAAAUUCAGGAGUAAAAUUAGAAAAAGAACAAUUGGAAAAAUUACUUAGACGAGAUGAAGUCCUUAAAGAAAUUGAAAAUUUGAUGCAAUAUAUCGAUUUAGAAUAG